UACAGCUUCGAAAUGUGAGUUUUUCUGCCUUCACAUCCCAGCUCAUAUGUUUCUGUUUGGUUUCAUUCAACACUUCGGAUAUGAGUUCUGACUGCAGAUUUGUGGAUUUGAGCAACAGCCUUGAGAGUGUUCCUGUUUUAAUCGAGCAGAGGUCCUCCGUACUGACGUUUCCUCAAUUUCAGUAUUCUCCAGAUAAUGUUCAGGGACCAGGAGGCACUCUUGACCCCAGUGAGGUCACCCUCCCCGGAUGCUCCUGCCUGUCCCACUCCUGCUCCUCUGAGAGCUGCUCCUGCCUGCAGACACACGGGCAGGCGUACGACAGCACACACACACUCCUGCACAGAACACACUCCGGUUUCUGCUCCCCUGUGUUCGAGUGUAACGCCCUCUGCUCCUGCGGCGAUGCCUGCUCCAACCGGGUGGUGCAGAGAGGCCUCACACUCAAAUUGGAGGUGUACAGCACUGAAAAAAGGGGCUGGGGGGUGCGGACACUCAAAUCAAUCCCAAAGGGGACGUUUGUGUGCGAGUACGCAGGAGAGGUGAUCAGUUUUGAGGAGGCCAGACGCAGACAGCUGGCCCAAAGGGCGGAGGACAAUAACUACAUCAUCGCAGUGAGGGAGCACGCAGGUGAAGGCUCUGUCACUGAGACGUUUGUGGACCCCGCCAGAGUGGGAAACGUGGGACGCUUUCUCAACCACUCCUGCCAGCCCAACCUGCUCAUGCAGCCGGUCCGAGUUCACUCUGUGGUUCCCCGGCUGGCGCUGUUUGCCGGGCGGAGCAUCGACGCUCAGGAGGAGCUGACGUUUGAUUACUCUGGAGGAUAUAGAAACAGAGCGCCUGCACAGAGGGAUGCUGAGACACAGAGAGAUGCUGGGACACAGAGUGAGACGCAGAGUGAUAACCAUGGGGUCCAGAGAAAGGAGUGCCACUGUGGGGCCAAGAGCUGUGUGCAAUUCCUUCCAUUGGAUUUAUCUAUUAUUAGUGGAAAACGCUGAAAUUAAAUGGCAUAUAUAUAUAUAUAUAUUUUAUUUGUUUAAGCCUUUAUGUUAAGACUGAUUUUCUUAAUGUUGGAGAAAGUAUUCAAGAUGAGCCUUGUGGUCUGUUUGUAUUAUCCCUGGGCAAUAUGGCCAACAUCUUCUAUCCAAUACAUGUUAUUUCAUACAGUAUCUUGAUAGUAAAGAUAUGAAUCAUGAUAGUAACUGGUAAUUCAAUAAAUGAAAAGUGUAUAUGACAUAAUCA